GAAGGAACCAGGAAGCUCUUGGGCCAAUUGAUGAGCCCACAUUAGUUAAGAAGCCCAAAAACUGAGCCCAAAUGAGUUCGGCCACUUGAACAAAGAGGCCCAAUAACAAAACGCGUCGUUUAGAAUCAGCAUCUUCGUCCUGUUCGUAAUGUUUUUGUUUCUACUUGAGCAGCUGCUCCCUCACCCUGUCUGUGUCUCUCUCAAUCUGUUACCAACAAAUGGAAAAACCACCGGAAAGAUGAAUCAUAUGUUCAAAUCCUGGCACAAGAUUGAAAUCUGUAUUGAAAACAACGAAUUGAAAGAGCCCCUUACGGUGGAAAGAAAUUUGGGCUUGUUGAUUCUUGUAGGUUUUCAAUUUCUUUUGUUUCAGAUUUUAUCGAAGAAAAACGAUAGGAGAAACGAAAGGGCGUCUGAUGUCAGGUCCACAUCGAUCAUCAAGCACUACUCCCUUGAAGAACGGAGGUCCCUCUCCUCAGGAACUCCCUCCCCAAGAACUCCUCGACGAUCUCUGCAGGGCAACAUGACAUUUUGCCAAUUUUUGUUUCAUGUGAAGUGUACUGAGUUGCUUUUCCAAUGUACAAGGUUAAUUAGAAACAAAGCAGAGAUUUACCUUGUUUAUGCAAUUGCAAAGACUAGAUUUCUAAUGUACUCGGAUGGUUGGGAAACCAGUGCAUAGCGCUCUGGUCCUCCCGGGAUCCUAGACAGAAACCAUGAAACUAAACAUCCACCUUAUUUGGAUUGUAGGGAACUCCCACCUCCAACACCUCACUUAACUCUCGCUCGUCAUUUCGUAUAUACUCAUUUUCUUUACAUCUGGGUUUGAAAGAUCUACAGUCACAUUAGUCGUCAAAGGUUCCUUUUGAUUUUGGACCGGUUUGAAGCUAGUUUUGUGACAAAGGUGCCACGAUAACGGGCCCAUAAUGGACAACAAGCCCAUCAUAAGGAAGCAAAGCAUUUUUAACUUAAAACUACAAAAGACUAGUUACAAAGGAAUCUAGUUUGAGCCCACAAUGGAUAACGGGCCGA